GUCCUGAAGUCGCUGGCCAGCCAAAAAUCACGUCCACAGGUGGUCGUCUGCUUUUGUGAAGGCCUUACGGUUAGGAAUUUCUUUCAAGCCCAAAAGCAUCUGAUCACACGCAAUAAGAACUUCAAGCGUUUCCAAUGGAUCGGAUCCGACAGUUGGGCAGAUCGUAACGACGUCGUAAACGGUCUGGAAGACGAAGCGGAGGGCAGUUUCAGCAUCAGAAUUCACGCGCCUAAGGUAUGGUUCCAGUCGAAGUACUGUAAAGCCACAACCCACAAUUAA